AUGAAGCCAUUCAUUAAGCAGGCCUUCGUGGUGUCAGGGGCGGCGCUGAACAUCAUGGGUCAUGGGUGCGCGCAUGGCUAUCCAGCUGUGCUGUUCGCCCAGCUGAAGAGGGACGGUGGUCCAGUGACCCUGACUGACCACGACACGUCCUGGAUAGCUUCCGUCGUCGGUGUGAUGGGCAUCGUCGGCAACUUCAUAUCGCCUAUCCUCAUGACGAGGUUCGGUCGGCAGAAAGCGCACCUCAUCAGCACCGUUCCCGCACUGCUGGGCUGGGUGACCUUCGUUAUGGGGAACAGCGUCCCGGCAUUCCUCCUCGCUCGGCUCUUACAUGGACUCGCCUUGGGCUUGCGGACGCCUUUAGCGGCUAUUCUUGUGGCAGAGUAUACUGAGCCGAAGUAUCGCGGCGCAUUCCUGGGCACCUUCGCUAUUUCUCUAGGUUUGGGCAUUCUUCUGUCCCACGUGUGGGGAGCGCAUCUCAGUUGGAGGAUGACGGCUGCGGUCUGUUCUCUGUUUCCAUUAGUGGCUAUGGCCAUCAUCGGCCUGUCUCCGGAGUCGCCUGGGUGGUUGGUGACGAAGGGCAAGUUUGUUGAGGCGCGCAAAGCGUUCAGAUGGGUUAGAGGUGACGGCGAAGAGCAGAAGGCCGAACUGGACUCGAUGAUCAAAGCCCAAGAGAGGGAUACGUCUGAAAGUGAAACUGUGAAGGUAGUGAAACGGUUCUCGUGGACUGGCGUUCUGAGACCGGCCUUCGACGCGCUGAAGAACGCUAUGAGGAUAUUCAAGAAGCGGGAGUUCUACAAGCCAUCGAUAAUAGCGAUCAGCAUGCUGAUAAUCUUCGAGUUCGGCGGUGCUCAUAUGGUGCCCGCUUACGGGAAUCUGAUCCUUCAGGCGGUCCUGGACAAGGGCGAUCCGAUGCAAGUCGCUUGGCAGUUCACCGCGAUAGACCUACUCAGGACCGUGUGCGCGCUGCUAGCGAUAUUCCUGUUGAAGUACUUCAAACGGAGGACGAUCUUAUUCACCAGCGGUGUGAUGACUGUGUUGUCUCUGACUUCUGUUUCGGUGUUCGUGUAUUUGAGGAACGCCGGGUUGUUCACAAGCGCUUGGGUGUUAGAGGUGGUGCCGAUGUGCCUGAUGAUACUCUACACGCUGUCCUUCUGUUUGGGCCUGGUGCCACUGAACUGGGUGAUAUGCGGCGAGGUCUUUCCCCUGGCUUACAGGAGUUUGGGCUCUACGCUGUCCACCUCCUUCCUGACGCCCUCGUUCGUGGUGUCGAUGAAGACCGCGCCGCACCUUUACUCUUCGAUAGGGGUGCAAGGCGCGUUCUUGGUGUAUUCGGCCACUUUGAGCGUUUGCUUGUGUGUCAUGUAUGUUAUGCUCCCCGAGACGAAGGACCGCACUCUGCAGGACAUCGAGGAGAGCUUCAAAGGCAGGAAGGCGGUCGAUGUGGAGACCCAAAUGAACUUGAUAGAUAGGGUUAACGUUGCGCCAAAC